CCGCCCACAGCACCUCCUGCCACCCUCAACAUGGCGGCGGUGCCGGUCCGCUCAGGCGCCUGAGCAGGUCGCAAGUGGCGCGUUCCACUCCCGUCAUGGCGGACCCCCGACAGGCCAGCGGCAGCGGGGCUCUGGAAACAUGCUGUCUGGAGCGGAUUUUGGAAGCGCUGAAGCUGCUGCUGAGCCCGGGAGGAUCAGGCUCAAGUUCACUGCAGAUCACAAAACAUGACGUCUUGUUGGCUACUUUAAAAUCUAACCUGUCUGCUGUGGAGGACAAAUUGCUGAAGGAUCCUCACUGGAAGACAUUGAAACUCCUGAGGGAUGAAAUUGCUAAUAAGGCAGAAUGGCCACAAAACUCUGUGGACGUCACCUGGAGUUUUACCUCUCAAAUCUUGCUGUGGCUGUUGUGCUUGAAGGAAACCAUGAUCCACCUUGCGGCUGAUUUCAAUCCGGGCAAAUCCAACCCUAGGACUCCAGAAGCUGCUCCUGCACUGAGUCCGGAUACACUUAGUAUCUCACAGCAGAAGACUGUGCAGUCAGUCUUGCAGUUUGUAGUCACCUUGGGUGUCUGCCCUUAUCUCAUGCCUGGUGUUGGAGUCCCUUUGAGAUAUAGGACUGAAUUUGGGGCCGUUGUUCAAGACGUGGUGUGUCUUGAUGCUGCCCCGGAUGCAACCCGGAGACUGUACACCAGCUGCAGGGUCCUCCUAAAUGUUGCUCAGCACGCAUCUCUGGGAAGCUUGAUUUUCUGCCGCCAUUUUGGGGAUAUUGCGGCAGGCUUGUGCCAACUGGGAUUCUGCCCGACCAAGAGAAAACCACUAAAACCUGAGGAAGAGGUGUUAACCGAAGAGGAAAGAGCCCUGUCCAGGGAGGCCUUGAGAGACAUCUUGAAUCAAAUAUAUCAACCAUUAGCAGUCCGAGAAUUACUUACCCUCCAGGGAGGACCACCUCAGGCCUGCACAGAUGUGAAGACACAAGUUAGGUCUCAGGCCCCAGCUUGGCUUCGGCGUCUGUGUGGGCAGCUGCUCUCCGAAAGGUUGAUGAGACCCAGUGGUGUUCAGGCAGUAGUCCGGGGCAUUUUGGAAGGAGCAGGUGCUGGGGCGGCUGGUGGACAUGAUGCUGAGGCAACAGCUGCUGACUGGAAGAAGUGUGACUUGAUUGCAAAGAUUUUGGCCUCUUGUCCCCAGCAAUCUCUUUCACCAGAGGAUUACUAUAGGGAUAUCUGCCCCCAGAUUCUGGAUUUAUUUCACUUUCAGGAUAAAUUGACAGCGCGACAAUUUCAGAGAGUUGCUACCACUACCUUUAUAACUAUGUCAAGAGAACGCCCACAGUUGGCAGCAAAGUAUUUGCUUCAGCCAAUGUUAGCUCCUCUUCAUCGAUGUUUAAAUACAGCAGAGAUUCCAGAGAGUGACAUGGUGCCUGGGACCAUUUUGGUGACAGAAGAAGAACUUAGUAGAUGUAUUGAGGAUGUAUUUAAGGUGUAUGUGGUCGGGAAUGAACCUUCAGCAGUUUUGGUGGAUUCCCUGCUUCCAGUCCUAGGAGUCCUCUUUUCUCUCUACUGUUUUACCAGGCAGAGUGUGUCUCACAUAAGGUCACUUUGCGAAGAGAUCUUAUUGUGGAUUCUGGGGAAGCUGGAGAGGAAGAAGGCGAUUGCUAGCCUGAAAGGAUUUGCAGGGUUGGACAAGUCUAUGCCCUCUCUCCAUUCUCUGUGUCACUUUAGAGCUGCCACUCAAGGUGGCGUUAUGGUUACCAUCAAAGAGCCCAUUUGUGAUGAAGAUGAAGAUGAAGCCCUGUAUCAAAAGGUGUCUUCAGAGCAGUGGCAGGUAGAGCAUCUCGGGGACUUGCUGUCCCUCUGCCAGGAAUGUGGUUUGGCGGGCGACUUCUUCAUCUUCUGCUUGAAGGAAUUGACACAUGUGGCUGAGGAAAAUGAAGCAGAGUUUAAAAUGGAGCCUUUCUCCAGCAAAAGCCUCUUGGAACUAGCGCAGCACCACACUCUUCUUGUGGAAGGCCAGGAGCAGAAGCUGCUGGUCCUCCAGCUGGUGGCUGUCCUGUGUGAGAGAAUGUCUGAGCAGAUAUUCACGAACAUCGCUCAGGUGGUGGACUUUGUAGCAGCAACACUGCAGCGAGCAUGUGCAAGCUUGGCCCACCAGGCAGAGAGCACCGUGGAAUCGCAGACACUGAGCAUGUCCAUGGGGCUGGUGGCUGUCAUGCUGGGAGGAGCUGUUCAGUUGAAGUCAACUGAUUUUGCUGUCCUGAAGCAGUUGCUGCCUCUGUUGGAGAAGGUAUCCAACACAUACCCUGACCCUGUCAUCCAAGAACUUGCUGUCGAUCUCCGCAUCACCAUCUCUACCCAUGGAGCCUUUUCCACUGAGGCUGUCAGUGUGGCUGCUCAGAGUACCCUGAACAAAAAUGAUCCAGAAGGGAAAACAGAAGGGCAGCGACAAACCAGUCAUGAAAGAUCCACUGGUGUUUCUCGUAGCCACCUCGAACAACAGCAAAGCCAUGAGAAAUCCAACCAGACAGGCCUGAAAUCUAAUACUCCACUCAUUCCUCAGGAGGUCAGUGAGCCCAACGCCACUACAAACCAGAAAUCCAGAAACAUAACCACAGAGCAGCUCCAGGAAGUUCUUCUGUCAGCUUAUGAUCCUCAAAUUCCAACACGGGCUGCUGCCCUGCGAACUCUUUCCCGCUGGAUAGAGCAGAGAGAAGCAGAAGCCCUUGAGAUGCAAGAGAAGCUUCUCAAGAUAUUCUUGGAGAACUUGGAGCAUGAAGACACCUUUGUAUAUCUGUCUGCUAUUCAGGUUUUCUCUGGAAAUGGGGAAGAGAUUUCCUGGUCUGCUGCUGCCGUAGGCUCCAGGGAAUUGCUUUUGCCGCCAACAUCCCUUCUCUAGGGGACUCAGAGGUGAUGGGUCAAGGCUGUGAUGUGGAUGCCAAGCAGAUGAAAGGGCUUUCAACCAGAAGCUGAGAGAGACGUGAGAGAGGGGAGGUCCUGGCAGGACACUGUGUCCAGCAGAAGUGACUGAUCAGUUGUGAUUUUCUGUCCAGCAGCAGUGGCUCCCACUACUCCUCCUACACCUUGUCUAUACCAUGUCCUCUACCGAGGGUGUGGAGAAACCCAGAUGGGCUGGCAUGGAGAGACAUACUGCCUGGUUGGUGGCUGCCGGGCCUAUGGGGAUGCUCCUGUGGCCACCCCAGCAAAGGUGGAAGCAGAGAAGCCAGUUCCCAGGCGGGGGCUCAAGAGACCUCGAGCUGUGGCAGAGCCAGACGAAGACCUAGGCUGCCCCAAAACCAAAAUUCGGCGAUUGCAGCACGGUGGCAGGAGGCAGACCCUGUGGAAGCUCGCUGGCUGAGCCAUUCUGUAGAGAGGGCAAACAUUUAACAGCCUGAGACAUCUAAUGCUUCUUCCUGCAGUGAACCCCACCACCCACCAUUGGAGGUUAGAAGCUGAGCCAUUCUGUCUGAGCCUUUCUCCUCCAGGAGCCUCCUUCCAUACUAACUGGCCCUGGGCAAGGAGCCUCAGCAACUGAGGUUUGAAAUGAGAGGCUGCUCUGAGCAUCCCAGGACUGAAGCUGGCCUGGAAGAAAACCUGCUGUUCCUCUGCUCCAUCCUCUAGAGUCCCUUCUUGGGCAGAAGAAAGAAAAGUGUGCACUCUGAGUUGAGGAGGAUGCAGCAGCAGAGAGACUGUGCAGGGCAGCUUUAUCAGGGGCCCAGUCUACCAGAUGGACUCCUGCUUGAGUCGUUGCCAGCAGCUACCAGCACAAACCAGAAGGAGCUGGGCUUUUUGAAUCUGCAAGAAGCAAUCUGUGGCUACCCAGGGAGCCUCCGACCUGGGGUCUCAGGAGGCAGAAUAAAGAGACCCAGGAAAACCCGCUCCCUGGAGCAGGAACAGGAUGAAGAGGCAAGCAGCAUCCCCCCUGAGGCUCACAUGCUCCUUUAUUCCCAGCCCUUUCUGGCCCCAGUGUUCAAUAAAAUGAUUUUCUGUAACAGUGUGUGACUUGAAAUCCAGCUUGUCCAAGGCCAGGCCCCAAACCUCCUGUUCCCUUCAAGUGCAUUCCCACAUGUGGUACCUGGUCCUCUAAGACCUUCUGCCUCCAAAAAGGGCCCUUGGGUAUGGCUGCUCACUAUGUGGCUAUGUAAAUUGGGGCAGGGCUCAGGCAGG